AUGACGAACCUAGACAGCAAAUCAGACACAGAUGAUAAUUUCAUUAAGAGGACCCAGAUUGAUUGGGAUUGGAUAAUCAUUGACGUAACAAUCACUAUUCUUAAAGCAGCUUUUUAUGUCGCUCAAGGGUUUUGGUUUGCUACUUAUGGAAGAUCUUUAUGGGAUUUAGUUGGACUCAUAGAUAACUCAAAUGUUGAAAUAAAUACGAAAGGUUGUGUAACUACCGGUGGAAUACUUGUUCUGAUAACUUUUCUAUGGUGUGCUUUAGAUCCAGAUCCCAGUUCAGUUUUACGUCGAAAAAGGACAGAGGCUACGCAUGAAGCCAAAACUUCAAUAAAAUAUUACUUAAAAAAGAAAUUGAAGGGAAUGUUAUAUAUCAUAUAUCAGCUUCUUAUUUCACUAGUGAUAUUCAGUUUGCUCACCCUGAUAUGGAAUAAGAUUCACGAGGAACGGUUGCCCAAUACCAUAGUAAAAUUUGCUUUACAGCAUACCGUAAAUUUGACAAUAGCCUAUGGUUGGUUAUGUUCCUAA